CUACUCCGUGGGUGAAAGGCGCUUAAACUUGUCUGCUAACGGGUCCUCCAUUUACGUACCAAGUCGCAUGUUUAGUCGCAUUGCUUGUUUCACUAUAACUUUGACGUAUUUGCAGACGUAUUAUUCAGCCAACAUAGUUAUUGUGUCUUAUAAGAAGUAACAAAAUAAAGUAAGUGCUUUAAAAAUGGUGAUGAAACUGUACGCCGUUUCUGAUGGUCCGCCAUCUUUGUCAGUGAGGCAGGCGCUCGCCAAGUUGGAGCUGCCGUUCGAGCUGGUGAACGUCGAUUUCGGGAAAGGAGAACAUAUGACAACCGAAUAUGCACUGUUGAAUCCACAAAAAGAAAUCCCUGUACUUGAUGACGAUGGAUUCUAUCUAAGUGAGAGCAAUGCCAUUCUUCAAUACAUAUGUGAUAAGUAUGCUCCUGGUAAUGAACUUUACCCCCUGGACUCGAAAACUAGGGCAAUUGUGAACCAUCGUCUUUGCUUCAACCUGUCGACGUAUUACGCAAACAUCUCUGCAUAUACCAUGGCUCCGAUAUUCUUCGAUUAUCAACGAACAGAGCUCGGUUUAAAAAAAGUACAUAUGGCUCUCGACGUGUUUGAAACGUAUUUACAACGCCUGGGUACUAAGUACGCCGCAGCCGACCAUCUCACUAUCGCUGACUUCCAGCUUAUUAACUCCACAAUGACUUUAGAAGCUAUCGACUUCGACUUUUCUAAGUAUACGAAGAUAUACAAGUGGUACAACGAUUUUAAAUCUCAAUAUCCGGAACUUUGGAAGAUAUCAGAAGGUGCGAUGAAAGAAAUCCAAUACUUCGCAGCGAAUCCUCCAGACUUGACCCAUCUUAACCACCCCAUACAUCCGAUACGUAAAAUUAAUAAAUAAAAUAAAUAAUUUAUUCUUAUAA